AUGGAGGCUUCAGGCCAGGUCGGGAGGCGCUGCCCAGAGGCCCUGGGGAAGCUCUUCCCUGGCUUCUGCUUCCUCUGCUCCUUGGUGACCUACGCGCUGGUGGGCGCCGUGCUCUUCUCUGCCAUCGAGGGCGGCCAGGUCCUGGGGCCAGCAGAGGACCGAGAGUUUGAGGCGUUCUUGGGGGAGCUCUGCAGCAUCCUGGAAUGCAACAGAACAGCUGUGGAAGGCAAGAAACAGGACCUCCAGGAGCAUCUGCGCAAGAUGAAGCCCCAGUGGUUUAACAGGUCCGCAGACUGGUCCUUCCUGAGCUCGCUCUUUUUCUGCUGCACAGUGGUCAGCACCGUGGGUUACGGCCACAUCUACCCUGUCACCAGGCUCGGCAAGUACGUGUGCAUGCUCUAUGCUCUCUUUGGUAUCCCCCUGAUGUUCCUGGUCCUCACUGACACAGGUGACAUCCUGGCAACCAUCUUAUCCACAUCCUAUAAUCGAUUCCGAAAACUCUCUUUCUUCACCCAUCACCUCUCCAAGGGGUGCUCCCAAGUGCUGUGCGGGAGGAAGCCUGACCCCCGGCCUGCAGACGAAGCCAUCCCUCAGAUCACCAUCACCGCUGAAGAGCUCCCGGGCCCCACGCCCGGCAAGUGUCCUUCAGCCCCAAGCCGCAACACAGAGCUGUUUGAGAGAUUUCUCGCACAAGACAAACAUAACGCACUGCAACUGUCCCCGCAGGCCAUCGAGAGGAGUACCUCGUGUCCCGAACUGGUGUCGGGGAGACUCUCAUACUCCGUCAUCAGCAACCUGGAUGAGGUUGGCCAGCAGGUGGAGAGGCUGGACGUCCCUCUCCCCAUCAUUGCGCUCGUUGUUUUUGCCUACAUUUCCUGUGCAGCUGCCAUCCUCCCCUGCUGGGAGACGCAUCUGGACUUUGAGAGUGCCUUCUAUUUCUGCUUUGUCACGCUGACCACCAUUGGGUUUGGGGAUACCGUUUUAGAGCACCCUAACUUCUUCCUCUUCUUCUCCAUUUAUAUCAUCGUUGGAAUGGAGAUUGUGUUCAUUGCUUUUAAGUUGGUACAAAACAGACUGAUUCACAUCUACAAAAGCCUCAUGCUAUUCUUUGCAAAAGGGAAGUUUUACCACCUUGUUAAAAAAUGA